GUGAAAGCUAUUGACUUGUAAUCGAGAGCUUCUUACAGUUGCCUGGCACUGAAACUAACACAAUAAUUUUGCCGUUCUCCCGCAAGUACGGUCCUCGAACAGGAUGAAGAAAACGAUGCUGUGGGAAGAAUUACGGAAGAAGAGAUGGCAGGAUCACAAAUAACCUCCUGGCAGCUUCUCGUGGGCCUCAUCCGUUUCUCCCAAUGGCCAGCACUGGUGGGAGUCGCCGUGCUAGCAGCUGCAGCCGCGGCCCAGGCAAUGCAGCAGCUCUGGAUCAAGUCUUGGACGGACGCGUCGACCGUUGACCCCGACGGGGCGGCCGGAGCCCGAGGGUACUGGAUUGGAGGGCUAGUCGGCAUCUGUAUCAUCAACGUGCUUUGCCGCCUGCUUGGCGGCAUGCUCUUGGCUGUCACUGCGCGCAUCAUGUCCGGCUCUCUGCACCACGCCAUGCUGGAAGGCGUGCUUCGCAGUCCGGUGUCCUUCUUCGACGCAUCGCCUAGGGGCCGGGUGCUGAACCGGUUCGCUGGAGACCUGGACUUCGUGGACGCCGAGUCGUUCGUGAGCGGCAAGCAAUGCGUCCAGGGGGCGCUCCUCACCGUCGCCAGCGUGGGCGUGGUCGCGACGCAAGCGCCACUUGUGGUAGCGGUCACCGCAGUCGUCGCCGUGCUCGUCGGAUCUGGAUUUAUUAUGGCCGUGAACGUGUCCCACAGCUCGCGUUACGUCGACAGCAUCGGCCUGUCGAAGCUGCUCCAGCACAUGACCGAGACCCUGGAAUCCUUGAGCAGCGUGCGAGCUUACGGCGUCCUGGACCGGUUCCGGCGGCACUUCUUUCGGCUAGACGACAUCUGUCUGCGUGGCUACUCUUGCUACAGCGCCUGUUACCGUUUCACGCGCUCCCUGACGGCGGUGGGAGGCUUUGCUGUCGUCCUGUCCGCCCUGCUGCUCAACACCCUGGGCUCGACCCCGCCCGAUCCCAGCAGCUUGGGGCUCGCCCUGAGCUCAGCCACGUCGGUUCCACUGGCACUAAUGAGCCUGUGCUUGAUGCUGUUCUGCACGCUACUGGUGACGGUUUCGUUCGAGCGGUGCCUGGAAUAUACGAAACUACCGCCCGAGGCAGACAUCGCUGAAACGCCCCACGAAGACAAGCAUGCGCCGAUCAAAAUGCCACUGCUAGAAAAGUGGCCAUCAGAUGGAGUAGUCGAGUUUCAAGAUUACUCGUCUUCAUACAGACCCGGAGUUGCACCUAACGUCCUCAACAAUGUUUCUUUCUCUGUGAAGGCUAGGGAGAAGGUUGGUGUCGUUGGGCGGACGGGUGCCGGAAAGUCUUCUCUAGUGCUCGCUCUUCUGCGCAUCCUUAGAGCCUCGAAGGGGCGUAUUCUGAUCGACGGCGUCGACAUCGCUCAAGUACCCCUGAAGAAACUGCGCCGAGCCAUCACCGUUAUCCCCCAGGACCCUAGCCUUGUGCGAGGUACUUUGCGCCUGAACCUCGACCCGACCGGGUCUCACUCCGAUGGGCAACUCUGGCAGUCGUUGCGUCAAGCUCACUUGGCACCUCUGGUCAAAGGUCACCCGGCGGGACUGGACAUGGAGACUGCGGACGGAGGCACGAACCUCAGCGUCGGUCAGCGGCAGCUGGUGUGUCUCGCCCGCGCCCUGCUGCGUGGCUCGAAGGUGUUGCUGCUGGACGAGGCCACCUCGCAGAUGGACGGCGACACGGACCGCCUCAUCCAGACGACGCUCAGGGAGGCCUUCGGGAACAGCACGCUGAUCGCCAUAGCACACCGGAUACACACCGUGCUCGACUACGAAAGAAUACUCGUCAUGGAUGAAGGAAGGGUGAGGGAGUACGACACGCCCGCCUCUCUGCUCUCCGACCCCGACAGCGCUUUCUACAAGAUGGCCACCGACGCUGGCGUCGCUCCCCAGCAAAGAAAUCGCCCGCUUGCCAUAACUUCGUUAUGACCGUGCGAUUCGUAAUAAAGUAAGACUUGGACAAACGGCCCGACGAAACGUGACACUGCACACACACAGGCAUGCAGACAAGCACUGUGUCGAAAAUAUGGAAUGUGUGCGUGUCUUUUCUUACUGUCUGAUAUAGUAUUUGACGAUAUUGGAAACGUUGGCAACUUCGUCGUCGGCUUUUCCACAAAGAGUCGCAGUUUCGCCCGAAAAGCGA